AUACUGCGAAGUUGUUCGCGGGUUCGCCGUUCGGGCGGGAUUGGGUAUCCUGGAUUAUAACGAAUGAGAGGUUCGAUAUACUGAACCAAGCGAGUGUGGACCCUUUAGUACUGCGUUUUCCACCUCCCGCGAGGGACUGGGCCAGGAAUAAGGGGAGCGAGUGAGUGUGUGUUUGUGGAUAAUCCAGAAGAUGGGGGCGAAGGGCAGCAAGCCUUCGACUCCCAUGGGGAGGGUACACACUGUACCUAAAAAUACCCCUCUGGCAUAUAUCUUAGACAAUUGGAGAUAUUUCCCUGGAACCCUAGGGAAAGAUAAGCAAAAAAUGAUAGAAUAUUGUACUAAGAUAUGGGGAGGGAAGAAGAUUUCUAAAAAUGUCUUUUGGCCAGUCUAUGGGUCAGAAGAAGAUUGGGUAAGACAGCAAUUAAACCUCUGGGUUAAUAAUAAAAAUCCCCUUAACCCGGAGGAGAGUCAAUAUGCGGAAGUGUGGCUAGAAAGACCGAGAGCUAGACUUUAUCCGCUGAAUGAAAUAAAAACUAAACAAAAGAAAAAGAAGGAAGAGUUAGACGAAACCCUUCUAACCCCCCCUCCUUACAUUCCUCCUCCUGCUCCCGCAGAAGUCCCCAGAGCGCCCACUCCCCCACCGGAGUCGGAACAAGGGUCUCCCCCUCUUCCUAGACGCGUAACUAGAAGUCAAAAAGGGGCAGCUCAGAUGUACCCCCUAAGGGAAAUACCCAUGGGGGGACCUCAACCUGUGAUCGGAUAUAUUUCCGUACCCCUAAACUCGGCUGACCUACGAGAUUUUAAAAGAACCGAAAUGGGAAACUUAAUUGAGGACCCACUGGGAGUGGCAGAAAGAUUAAAUCAAUUUUUGGGACCAAACCUUUAUACUUGGGAUGAGAUGCAAUCUAUCCUUGGUCAAUUAUUUACUACCGAGGAAAGAGAUAUGAUUAGACGAGCAGGAAUGAGACUGUGGGAUGCUCAACAUGCCCAGGGACCCCAAGCAGAGAGUCAGGGGCUCUAUAUCUUAGGGGACCGGAGUCAUCAUGAGCCCUUGAUAAAAUUAAAAAUAGGUCCCCAUAAACAAGAGUUCACCUUUUUAGUAGACACUGGGGCUGAGAAAUCAACUAUUAAGCAAAUACCUGAGGGAUGUAAAGUUUCCCCUGAAAAGGUACAAGUAAUUGGGGCAAAAGGAGAACCCUUUAAAGUAAGCAAAAUCAAAAAUGUGGUAUUCGAAACUGAAAAUAAAUUUGGAAUGGGUGAACUCUUGCUCGUCCCUGAAGCAGAAUUUAAUCUGUUAGGACGAGAUUUAAUUGUUGAAUUGCAAUUAGAAAUUAAAGUGAAAAAUCAGGAGCUAACAGUGUCUGCUUAUCCUUUAACCGUGGAUGAUCAAAAACAAAUUAACCCCGAUGUCUGGUACUCUCCGGACACAAUUAGUAGACUGAAAAUCCCACCGAUUAAAAUCCAACUUUCCGAACCCCACAUACCUGUGAGGGUAAGGCAAUAUCCCAUAUCCCUAGAAGGACGGAGGGGAUUAAAACCAGAAAUUGAUCGAUUGUUAGCACAAGGAAUCUUAGAGCCUUGUAUGUCACCCUUUAACACCCCCAUUCUGCCUGUAAAGAAACCAAAUGGGAAAUAUCGACUCGUACAUGAUUUAAGGGAAAUAAACAAAAGAACUAUCACCCGAUUCCCUGUAGUAGCAAAUCCAUACACACUGCUAAGCAAGCUAGGACCCCAUAACUCCUGGUAUAGUGUGGCUGACUUAAAGGAUGCCUUUUGGGCCUGUCCACUGGCAGAAGAAUGCCGUGAUUAUUUUGCCUUUGAAUGGGAAGACAUAGAGACAGGCCGUAGACAGCAAUUGAGAUGGACUGUGCUUCCCCAAGGGUUCACUGAGUCCCCUAAUCUGUUUGGACAGGCCCUGGAAGAGCUCUUAAAAGAAUACCAGGUACAAACGGGAAACGUGCUGUUACAGUAUGUAGAUGAUCUGCUCAUAGCAGGGAAUAAUAAGGAGGAUGUAAGGAAAGAAAGCAUUCGACUCCUAAACUUUCUUGCACAAAAGGGACUACGAGUAUCACAAGAAAAGUUACAAUUUGUGGAGGAAAAAGUGAAAUAUUUGGGGCAUUAUUUGUUUAACGGCAAGAAGAUAUUGGAUCCAGAGCGCAUUAAAGGAAUUCUGGAAUUACCUAUGCCUGUCACUAAGAGGCAAAUUCGGCAGGCAUUAGGGCUAUUUGGGUAUUGUAGGCAAUGGAUAGAGAACUACAGCUUUAAAGUUAAAUUUUUAUAUGAACAACUGUCUAAAGACAAAAUACCCAAGUGGACCCCUCAGGAUCAAGAGCAGUUUGUCAGUCUCAAAAGGGAGCUAAGUCAAGCACCGGUUUUAAGCCUACCAGAUUUAAAGCGGCCAUUCCAUUUAUUUGUUAACAUACAUGAAGGAACGGCAUUCGGAAUAUUAACUCAGGAAUGGGCCGGACAAAAGAAACCGGUGGCAUACCUAUCAAAGCUGUUGGAUCCUGUGAGCAGGGGUUGGCCGAGUUGUUUACAAAUCAUUGUUGCUGCUGCCUUAUUACUUGAGGAAACGAAUCGCAUUACCUUUAAUGGAGAAGUUGUCUUAUAUGCGCCUCAUAACAUCAGGGGAGUGUUACAACAAAAAGCAGAAAAAUGGCUUACAGAUAGCCGAUUAUUAAAGUAUGAGGGAAUACUUAUAGAAUCCCCUAAACUAUCUUUGAAAACUAUUGGAGCAGUUAACCCCGCUGAAUUUUUGUACCCAGGAGAAGGUAAUGAACUAUUGCACAAUUGUUUUCAAACAAUUGAACAGCAGACACGCAUUAGGCCAGACUUAGAAGAAGAAGAACUACAAUGUGGAGAAGUAUUAUUUAUAGAUGGGUCAUCACGAAUAGUGGAAGGUAAACGAUUGUCCGGAUAUGCCAUCGUUAAGUUGGAAAAAGGAGAAUUUAAGACAAUAGAAUCAGGCCCCCUGAGUGCCAGCUGGUCGGCUCAAGCCUGUGAGCUGUAUGCAUUGUGGAAAGCAUUAGUGUCACUGAAGGGAAAGGAUGGAACUAUAUAUACAGACUCACGCUAUGCGUUCGGAGUAGUACACACUUUUGGAAAAAUAUGGGAGGAAAGAGGAUUUGUUAACUCACAGGGAAAAGAACUGAUACACCCGGAAUUAAUUCGGCGAGUUCUGGGGGCAUUGAAAAUGCCGAAUAAAAUAGCAGUUGUACAUAUAAAGGGACACCAGCGAGGUACAAGUUAUCAAAUUAGGGGAAAUAAUGCAGCUGAUACAGAAGCAAAACGAGUGGCAGGCAAUUAUGGUAUGAUUUUGACUAUGCAACAAGUACCUGUUAGUAAAAAUUUGAGUUUUGAGUCUGCAGAAAAGGAAAAACUAGAACAAAUGGGAGCUAAGGAACAAGAUGGUAAGUACAUAUUGCCAGAUGGGAGGGAAGUCUUGCCGAAGGGCAUAGCACUCGAGAUAUUUUCAAAAAUACACAGUAAAACACACUGGGGAACCCAGGCGUUAGUUGAUCAUUUCAAUCAACAGUUUGCCAGUAUAGGCGUAUAUAACAUAGCAAAGAUAGUCACGGCAGCCUGCGAGACCUGUCAAAAGGUUAAUCGAAGCAACAUGAGACAAAAACCUCUUGGAGGACGUUCCCCAGCAUACAGACCUUUCUCACACAUACAAGUGGAUUUUACUGAACUACCCAGGGUAGGGCGUUACAAACAUUUAUUAGUAAUGGUGGAUCAUUUAACACAUUAUGUUGAGGCUUUUCCUACCUCCAAGGCAACUGCUAACCAGGUUACUAAAGUGUUACUUGAACACAUUAUACCUCGAUAUGGAGUACCUGAAGUAAUCGACUCGGACAGAGGAACACACUUUGUGUCAAAAAUUGUUAAAGAUCUAGCUGAAAGCUUGGGGAUUAAGUGGGAAUACCAUACACCAUGGCAUCCACAAAGUUCAGGAAAAGUUGAAAGGAUAAAUGGAGAAAUCAAAACUAUUUUGACUAAAUUAAUGAUAGAAACCAAAUUAUCAUGGAUUAAGUGCCUACCCAUGGCACUAUUAAUUCUCAGAACCAGACCCCGAGCAGAUGUAGGAAUAUCAGCGUUUGAAAUGGUGUAUGGAAUGUCUUAUAGAAUUGAAAGUCCACAAACAAAUGUUUUAAUUCGAGACCGUGUGAUUAAUGAAUAUGUUUCACAAUUAGCAGAACAUCGUAACAAGCUUUGGGAACAUGGACUGAUUGUACAACGACCCCCGUUGGACUUAAAAAUUCAUAAUGUUAAACCUGGGGAUUGGAUAUUGAUUAAAGUGUGGAAGGAAGAAACCCUAAAACCCAAUUGGGAGGGACCUUAUCUUGUUUUGCUUACAACAGAAACAGCUGUCCGAACUGCUGAGCGUGGAUGGACUCAUGCCAGUCGCAUUAAAGGCCCAGUGACGAGACCCCACUGGAAAGUAAUCAGUACUCCAGGUGACACCAAGAUAACCCUGAAAAGAUAACGUAAUGAUAAAGACUUUAUUCGAUUAUUUUACCGCAUUACCUCUCGGUAUAAAGUGUGUAUUGCUGUUUAUAUUUGCUAUAAUUAUUUCUCUUUUUUUCUAUUAUAUAUGGAAGCGUACAAAGUGUGUUGAAGGAAAUUGCUAAACUUAUGCAACCUCACAAUAUUAAAUAUAGAAGAUAUGUUGAUGUAAAUAAUAUAUGCACUCUAGAUAUAUGAAUUAGGUGUAAUGAUUUGAACUGCAAUUGUUAUCCAUUUGCUUGUUUUAGGUGUAAGGUAUGCCAGGAUAAAUGGUAGACACAUUGUGAAUGUGGAUACCCUCCAAUAGGAGUUUGCACACAGUGUUGGAAAAUCCAAAGAACUCUCACUGAGUGGAAAUUAAAACAAUUAGAGUCUAAACAAAAAAAUUAUUCGGGAAUCCCAUGAGUGGUGGGAAAUUUUUGCCAAAGGAAUAAACCCUCGAUAUUAUUGCUACCACUCCAACGAACCAGUCCCCUUUGUAGCUGAAAUUUUGGUUAUAAAAUGCAGAAGGGAAGUACUGACCGUGUCUUACUUUACCCCAUUAGUUAAAGCUGCAAAGUGGGAAGCCUAUAUAAA